UCCCAAAUAUCUCAACUCUUUAAAGUGUCUUGUGAUGAGGAAAGAUGUUUUGACUUUUGAAGGAGUCCAUAGCCUAUAUAGUCUAUACGAUACCAUUUGCACUUAAUAAAAUACAUAGGCAACCAACUUGAUAUAUCUCUUCAUCAUCCUUGUAGCCGCCCUUGAGACUUUACUAGUCACUUCCACUUGCCAAUUUUUAAUUUCAUUCAACUAAACUACUUAUCAAGCAACCCCCUAACUACCUUCCUACUACUUGUCUAGCAACUUCCUCCCACAAAUCCCUUUAUAUAUAACUCAAUCACCACUUCACUCAAACAAACAACAUCACUAAGCCUUCAAAUAUAUUCUCUCUACACACAAAUUCUUCAUCGACAAACUCAAAUUUUAUUGAAAUCUAAUUGGCAGAAAGUAUCGAAAGUCAGUUGCCCGCUUAUCAUCCCUUGACUCAACCAACUUUUUUCUUUGUUUCCAAAUCUAUUAAUUCUUUCACUAGUAAUGGCACUUGAAGCUUUGAACUCUCCAAGUACCACAACCCCACCAUCAUUAUUCCAAUUCCAACACACUACUACUCAAAGUUACAUUGAAUCAUGGACCAAAGGAGGCAAGAGAUCAAAACGGUCUCGUAGCAUCAUGGAGGAGCAACGUGAUCAGCCAAUAAUUACUGAAGAAGAAUACUUAGCUUUUUGUCUACUCAUGCUUGCUCGUAGCGGUAAUAACAAUAACAAUAAUAUCACUACUAGUAGUGCUACUAUUACUACUAAUUCAACAAAGAAUUUGUACAAGUGUUCAGUGUGUGGUAAAUCAUUUGGAUCUUACCAAGCUUUAGGUGGACACAAAGCUAGUCAUAGUAAACUUGUUCUUAUUAACGGAGAUAACGUCAGUUCCAUUACCACUAUCAGUGCCACAUCAGCUAACAGCGUUAGUGGAAGGACUCACGAGUGUACCAUUUGCCACAAGACUUUUCCAACUGGACAAGCUUUGGGUGGUCACAAAAGACGUCACUAUGAGGGGAAGAUGACGUCAUCAAUGGACGUUGUGGGGUCUGCUAACAACUUCGACUUGAACAUUCCGGCCUUGCCAGAAUCUUGGCCGGGUUUUGGAUCCAGCGAGGAUGAAUUGGAAAGUCCUCAUCCAGCUAAGAAAUCGCGACAAUUUCCAUCGACCAGACUUGAAUUAUUUUGACAAGUUCAAACAUAGUAGUACUAGUUCAUGUUGUUUAAUUAGUUGUUACAUGUUAUUGGGCAGGCGGACGAGAAAUAUUCUUUUUGUGUAAAUAUCGAGCGUACACUUGGAGAAAGUGAUUAUUUGAUUAUUUAAUUGAUUCAUUUAUUAUGAAGAAAA